UGCGCUGCAGGUCCUGCUUGGUUGACAGGUCUGUGGGGCUCCUGUCUCUUUAAGGGUUUCUGUCUCUUUAAGGGCUCCUGUCUCUUUAAGGGCUCCUGUUUAAAGCCCUUAUUUAUAUCAGCAAACCUGGCAGGACUCUGUACAGAGCAAGGGGCACUUAAUAAACUAAAUACACAGUUACAGUGUUUAAGAAGAAUUCACGACCCGGUAACAGUCCAGACAGUACACCCCAAAACAGGUCUCUGAGAUGGAGGCUCACGGCUCAGGCAAGUCGUCACGGAAGAGGAAGAAGGAGGGCUCGAACGGGGAGACAGAGGAAGACGUCACGCCAGCGAAGAUGCCACGCUGCUCCGUGGGUUUGACUGAACCAGCCCCCUUUGCAGAUGAGAUCAAGGUCCCGCACAACACUCCGUACGUCCGGGUCACCGUGGAGGAGGCCCGGCGGGGCACGCCAUUGGAGCGGCCGGUUCGGGUGUAUGCUGACGGGAUCUUCGAUAUGUUCCACUCCGGCCAUGCCCGGGCGCUCAUGCAGGCCAAGCAACUGUUCCCAAACACACACCUCAUAGUAGGAGUGUGCAAUGACAAUCUGACCCACAAGUUCAAGGGCUUCACGGUGAUGAGCGAGGACGAGCGGUACGACGCAGUGAGUCACUGCCGCUACGUCGACGAGGUCGUCCGCAACGCGCCCUGGUCCCUCUCGCCGGAGUUCCUCACCAAGCAUCGGAUUGACUUUGUGGCCCAUGAUGAUAUUCCAUACUCCUCUGCAGGAAGUGAUGAUGUCUACAAGCACAUCAAAGAAGCAGGCAUGUUUGCCCCGACUCAGCGGACGGAAGGCAUCUCCACGUCUGACAUCAUCACGCGGAUUGUGCGUGAUUAUGACGUGUACGUGCGGAGGAACCUGCAGAGGGGCUACACAGCCAAGGAACUCAAUGUCAGCUUUAUCAAUGAGAAGAAGUACCACCUGCAGGAGCGCGUGGACAAGGUGAAGCAGAAGGUGAAGAACGUGGAGGAGCGCUCCAAGGAGUUUGUUCAGAAGGUGGAGGAGAAGAGCAUAGACCUGAUCCAGAAAUGGGAGGAGAAAUCCCGGGAAUUCAUCGGCAACUUCCUGCAGAUGUUUGGACCCGAGGGGGCGCUGAAACACAUGCUGAAGGAGGGGAAGGGACGGAUGUUGCAGGCGAUCAGCCCACGGCAGAGUCCCAACAGCAGCCCCAGCAGGGAGCGCUCCCCCUCGCCCAGCUUCCGGCUGCCCUUCUUCACCAAGAUCUCCCCCCCGCCAUCCCCGCGGGCCGGCUCCGCCGGGGCAUACCACAUCAGCGAGGACGAGGAGGAUGAAGACUAAACCCCUCGCUCUCCUCUCACUCACACAGCACUACAGCUCUGGGGCGUGCUGCACAGUGGGGUAUUGACAGCCAGCGUGCUUCCACAAGCAACAGAAAGAUAACUCUGCUGCAAAUGGAACUGUUUUAUUUUUAUUCACUAUUAAUCUACACUAUUUAAUCAGCGAUUAUGUAAAGUUAUCUUUCUGUAAAGUUAGGAUUGAAUUUGAAUUAUGGCGCAGCUGUCCUUUCUAUGUAGUGGCAUUUAAAACGUAACAACAAGCAGGAUGAUAAGAGAUUGAUUAACACUGAAUACAAUGGCAAAACAACGUCAGUUAACUUUAUCACAGCUGGUGCUCCUUCUCAUGUUUCUUGGAUUUUGUCAGUUAUCUUUCACAGCUGUUGUUCUUUUAUUUCUUGAAUCUUUUGUUAAAUUUUAUUUAUUUUAAAUCUGUUUCUAGACUAACUGAGCCAUAAUCCAGAUGCAGUCAUGUGGCUUGUGUUGAAGAGAGUUUUGGAUAGGUUAGCGUGUCAGUGAAGGCUCAGAGAUGGAUCCGUUCAUGUAGAAGUUCAUGUUCUGUUGUAUCACUGACGGUUCAGUCUGUCUCCACUGUGAGGGAGUUAGCUAGCUGGCUGUAGCAGCAUACCUAUUUGAAAGUAGAAUAUGUAGAACAUGUUGUUGAGAUACACUUUGGAAGAUGUGUAAGAUUCUGUGAGCUGUCCACUUGCUCUAGGUAGUGGCAAAUCCCUAUGAAACCACCAGUUAAACCAUUAAAACCACCAGUUAAACCACUAAAUGUGGAUUCGAUAUUUAGGUGGUCUGCUAAAUUGUUUUUAAAACUUUGGACAGAAAAGUCUU